GAUCAACUUCACUCCAUCCAAAGCCAACCUUUGUCGCUCUUUUGACCUCUACACCCACAAAGGGCUUCAUCGACCCCCUCUGCCAUAUCGCCCAACAUCCAAGGACACGAACGCCACCACCUCCUCCGCACCCGCCCGCCACCUCGCCCGCCAUGGCCGUCAAGAACAAAUACUCCGUCCUCCUCCCCACCUACAACGAGCGCCGCAACCUCCCCAUCAUAGUCUGGCUGCUCAACAAGACCUUCACCGAGCACACUCUCGACUACGAAAUCAUCAUCGUCGACGAUGGCUCCCCCGACGGCACCCAAGACAUCGCCAAACAACUCAUCAAAGCCUACGGCGCCUCCCGCAUCCUUCUCAAACCCCGCGCCGGCAAACUCGGCCUCGGAACAGCCUACGUCCACGGCCUGCAAUUCGCGACCGGAAACUUCGUCAUCAUCAUGGACGCGGAUUUCUCUCACCACCCGAAAUUUCUCCCCCGCAUGAUUGCCACGCAGAAAGAGGGAAACUAUGACAUUGUGACCGGAACGCGGUAUGCGGGCGACGGAGGGGUGUAUGGAUGGGACUUGAAGAGGAAGAUGGUCAGUCGGGGGGCGAAUUUGUUUGCGGAUACGGUGUUGAGACCGGGCGUGAGUGAUUUGACGGGCAGUUUCCGGUUGUAUAAGAAGGAGGUGCUGGCGCAGGUGAUGGAGAAGACGGAGAGUAAGGGGUACUCGUUUCAGAUGGAGAUGAUGGUGAGGGCGAAGGCGAUGGGGUUUAAGGUUGCGGAGUGUCCGAUUAGUUUUGUGGAUCGGGUUUAUGGGGAGAGUAAGUUGGGUGGGGAGGAGAUUGUGGAGUAUUUGAAGGGGGUAUUGGGACUGUGGGUGAAGGUUUGA